UGUCGUUAGUAAAUACUAUUUCCGAGCGAACAAAAUGCUGAAUAGCUACCGCAAUAUUCCCUAGCCAACUUCCGCCGCGCAGCAAGCAUUGUCGCGUAUAUGUGCAACCAACCUUAUUGUCUUCACUAUUUCGGAACGUAGCUUAAUAGUUCAGCUAAAAAAACAACCGUUUUCUUCGUUAAGAGACGACUUGACAGUUUUACGAUAUGUCGAUCAAACUUCUAAGAACUGUCAACCUCCUAAUUUCCAAAGGUCAACAUGUGCGGUAUGGACAUGUGUUACGAGGAAAGCCGCCAACAGUCGCCCACAGUCUAAAACAGCGUCUUGAAAUAAUUAAACAGAUGAACGAGGAUCCGAUGUUAGAUUUCCAUGUGAACAUUGGUUAUCCAGUGGCUAAGAUUUCCAGACGAACAUUAACAAAAAUCUGGGCGAACGAGAUCAUUAUGCAAAGAAACAAUCCUGAGUUGGAAAGAGCUUCACGUACCAGAAAGUUGCUGGUGAAUUUAAAAGAUGCGAGAGAAUAUUGGUUGCAGACCGACGGACCGUUCCAUAUUCGCAAGAUAGCGGAACAUUAUAAUAUUUACAAAGAUCUUUAUAGAGAUGCAUAUUUUAUACCAACGGUUCCAUUGAACAUAAGCUAUGAUCUGGAAGACAAUAAAAUGGUAAAGGUUUAUACUGGUAAUGUAAUCAAACCAAAAGAAACUUCCAAAGCACCUUGUGUCAUAUAUAAUACAGAGGAUGGAUCAUUGUGGACUUUAUUAAUGACCACGCCAGAUGGUAAUUUGACCAAUUCAAGCUAUGAGUACUGUCAUUGGUUUAUUGGUAACAUUCCUGGGAAUCACAUAAACAAAGGAGAAGAGUUGAUAGAUUAUUUAAAGCCAAUACCGUCAUAUGGUAUUGGGUACUGCAGAUAUAUCUUUGUACUGUACAAACAGGAGUGUUACAUAAAUUAUUCAGAAUACAAAAAAGUAAAGCCUUGUUUGAAUCUGGAAGAACGUAACUGGCAGACACGAGAUUUUUAUGCUAAAUAUCAGGAUCAAUUAACACCGGUUGGUUUGGCAUUUUUUCAAUCAGAUUGGGAUGAUACAAUAAAAGAAUUCUAUUACAGCACAUUGAAAAUGAAAAUGCCGAUAUUUCGGUACAAUUUCCCACAACCAUAUAUUAAGAAACAAACAUGGUUUCCCUUAAAAGAACCUUUCAAUCUUUACAUGGACAAAUAUCGCGAUCCUAAACAGAUAACAAAGGAAUUCUUGCUGAGGAAAUUAAAAAAAGUUCAUCCAUUUAAAGAAUCAGAACCUAAACCACAGUUCCCAUUAGCUUAUCAUACUCAUCCUGACUUACCAUCCUGGUUGAAGUUUGAGAUGAUAAAGAAAAAGCUGGGAUAUGGUCGUGUGAAUGAUCUUGAUGAAUAUUAGAUUUAGAAAUUGGAGUAAUACAAUUAUAAUAUAAUAAAUGAUCAUUAUGAAUUUGUGUGUUUCAUUGUCUCUAAUUAGUCAUUUUAUUGAAUCUACUUAGAGCAAUCUUGCAAGUUACUCCUGUUUCAAGCGUGUCUCUAUAAUCUGUUUGCUGCAAAAUUUUAUAUCAGCUCGUGUUGGAACAGUAGUAUCAACCAUUUUAUGUUCAACUAAUAAUCCUAAGAAAAAGGAAGAAAAUUAUAAAUUAUACAAAGAUAAUGCUAAAGAUAAUUUAUUGAUGAAAUAUAUUAAAUGUUAUUAAUAAAAAUAUUAAUGAAUGAAUGAGAUUAAUAAUAAAAUUAAUUAUUAAUGAAAAUAUGUUAAACAAUUUAAAGGAAUAAAAGCGAUAAGAAA